AUGAUUCACUAUAAAAAUAAACAAUCAGUUAUCAAGAAAUAGCAUACAACAUUUUAUUCAAUAUUAUAAUCUAAAGAAUAUAGUCUUACUUGGAGGCAGAAUUAUCUUCUCUUGCUUAUCAAAUUUCAUAGUUAAUUGAAAAAUUGGGAAAAUGAUAGUGGAUAUUAUACCUUUUGUAGGAGAAGGCAAAAAUUAUUUAUAGAAAUUGUAAAAAUUGAUCUGAAAAACAAAACUUUAAAGAGAUUGAAAUAUUAUAUUAUAAUAAAUAGUUUAAAGUAAGGAAAAUACCAAUAUAAUCAUGAAAAAUUUAACAUAUGUAAAUAAGGAAGAAUUUUUUCAUUGUGA